AUGAAGACAGGGAAUAUCAAAAAGGUGUCCUCAAUGGACUACACCCUGACCAUGUACUUCCAGCAGUCCUGGAGGGAUAAAAGGCUCUCUUAUUCUGGAAUACCUUUAAACCUAACUCUGGACAACAGAGUGGCUGACCAGCUCUGGGUGCCGGACACAUAUUUCCAAAAUGACAAGAAGUCAUUUGUCCAUGGGGUGACAGUGAAAAACCGAAUGAUUCGACUCCAUCCAGAUGGGACAGUCCUUUACGGCCUACGGAUCACAACAACAGCUGCUUGCAUGAUGGAUCUACGCAGAUAUCCUCUGGACGAACAAAAUUGCACACUAGAAAUUGAAAGUU